AAUUCUAACUAUAGGGAAGUGGACACACACUCAUGUUACAGCAGCAGUCUGUUUAGGGAACUGUACCGUGUGGAUAUCUAACACCUAAUAUCUCUUUAUGAUCUCUAUAUAUUUUGAGCCACAAACCCACAGAAAGUGCUACGUGCUGUUUCUGUCAUCUCUGAUAUGCUUCUCUUCGACCAAACCUAAUCUGUUUUGCUGUUUUCUUUUUUAAAGAAUCGACUUCUCGACUUUAGGAUCUGAAGACCGACCGACAUCCUGCAUGUAGUUCAUUUAAGACAUUUAAACGACUCGAUUCAUUUUUGAGAAUCGAUUUAAAGAGUUAUUUCAAAUUGAUCAGAAAUGGAAGGCAACGAAAGUGCAAUAAACAGAGUUGGUCGUGCUGUGUGGACCGUUUGGGGCUACCUCUCAGGCGCUGUAGGAAGAUAUCUCAGACCAGAGGUCAGGAAUGAAGAAGCCCAGAAAAUACAAAUUAAACAAGAAGACACUGUAUCCAUCAGUAAGAGUUAUAAGGAGUUGAAGGCAAAGGAACAGGAAAAAGAACAAGAUGAAACAAAGAUGAGAGAAGAUCUGCAGUAUCCCAUGGUUGCCGUGCGGGCUGCUGCUGUUCAAUGGGAAAAAAGGACCGUUGUUCAUCAUAGUCAUGAAGAAAAAGUCAAAAGCAAACACACCUUCACUGACCCAGAUGCCGGAGACAGGAAAUUGCAGAUGAAGAAGGAUAAAGAAAAACCGCUGGAUGAUAAAAGUGGGUCUAGAAAAACUCACGAUGGCCAAAUUACUGAACCAGAUGAUUCACCUGCUAACAUUGAUGCAGAUGUAAAGAACCAAGACAGAACAUUUUCUGGAAGUAUGGAAGAUGAUCUAAAUGUUGAGAGGGAUAAAACCAGUCAGGAACAGACAAAGAAAUCAGAAGAGGAAGAGAAAAUCAUGCAGAGAGAGUUUGAUGAAACUGAAGAAGAACCCAUUAAAAGUGUGUGUGUUGACAAGGGCUUACUGGCCGAGGAAGCUGAUCUGAAUGAGAGGAGGAAACACGAUCAAGAACAGGGAAGUGAAGAGGAAGAGGAACAUGUUGAUGAAAUGAUAGAGAGAGCCAAUAAUGAAACUGAAGAAAAAACAGUUAAAAGUGAAUUUAUUGUCCAAGACUUACUGGCUAAGGAAGCUGAGCUAAAUGUUGAGAGAAGUGAAAGCAAUCAGGAACUGGAAGAGGAAGGUAUUGAAAUAAUGAGGAGAGAGAAUGAUGAUACUAAAGAAGAACUGAUUAGAUGUGAGUUUAUUGAACAAGGCUUACUGGCCAAGGAAGCAGAUUUAAAAGUUAAGAGGAGUGAAAGCAACCAGGAGCAAAGAAAGAAACAGGAAGAGGAAGCCGAAACUACAGAAGAACUGAUUAAAAGUGAGUUUAUUAACAAAGGAUUAUUGGCCAAGGAAACUGAUCUAAAUGUGGGGAGGAACGAAAACAAUAAGGAACUGGGAAGGGAAGAGGAAGGUGAAGAUGAAAUAAUGUUGAGAGAGAAUGAUGUAACUGAAGAAGAACCCAUCAAAAGUGAGUUCACUGAACAAGAACUACUGGCCAAGGAAACUGAUCUAGAUGUUGAGAGGGAUGAAGACAACCAGGAACAGAGAGGGGAAGAGGAAGAGGAAAGUGCUGAUGAGCUAAAGUGGAGAGUGAAUGUUGAAACUGAAGAAGAACCAAUGAAAUGCCAGUUCACUGAGCAAGACCUACUGGUCAAGGAAGCUGAUUUAGAUGUUGAGAGGGAUGAAGACAACCAGGAACAGAGAGGGGAAGAGGAAGAGGAAAGUGCUGAUGAGCUAAAGUGGAGAGAGAAUGUUGAAACUGAAGAAGAACCAAUGAAAUGCCAGUUCACUGAGCAAGACCUACUGGUCAAGGAAGCUGAUUUAGAUGUUGAGAGGGAUGUAGACAACCAGGAACAGAGAGGGGAAGAGGAAGAGGAAAGUGCUGAUGAACUAAUGUGGAGAGAGAAUGUUGUAACUGAAGAAGAACCCAUCAAAAGUGAGUUCACUGAACAAGAACUACUGGCCAAGGAAACUGAUCUAGAUGUUGAGAGGGAUGAAGACAACCAGGAACAGAGAGGGGAAGAGGAAGAGGAAAGUGCUGAUGAGCUAAAGUGGAGAGUGAAUGUUGAAACUGAAGAAGAACCAAUGAAAUGCCAGUUCACUGAGCAAGACCUACUGGUCAAGGAAGCUGAUUUAGAUGUUGAGAGGGAUGAAGACAACCAGGAACAGAGAGGGGAAGAGGAAGAGGAAAGUGCUGAUGAGCUAAAGUGGAGAGAGAAUGUUGAAACUGAAGAAGAACCAAUGAAAUGCCAGUUCACUGAGCAAGACCUACUGGUCAAGGAAGCUGAUUUAGAUGUUGAGAGGGAUGUAGACAACCAGGAACAGAGAGGGGAAGAGGAAGAGGAAAGUGCUGAUGAACUAAUGUGGAGAGAGAAUGUUGUAACUGAAGAAGAACCCAUCAAAAGUGAGUUCACUGAACAAGGCUUACUGGCCAAGGAAGCUGAUAUAGAUGUUGAGAGGGAUGAAGACAACCAGGAACAGAGAGGGGAAGAGGAAGGUGUUGAUGAAAUAAUGAGGAGAGACUAUGAGGAAACUGAAGAAGAACCCAUGAAAUGCCAGUCCACUGAGCAAGACCUACUGGUCAAGGAAGCUGAUCUAGAUGUUGAGAGGGAUGAAGACAACCAGGAACAGAGAGGGGAAGAGGAAGAGGAAGGUGCUGAUGAGCUAAAGUGGAGAGAGAAUGAUGAAACUGAAGAAGAACCAAUGAAAUGCCAGUUCACUGAGCAAGUCCUAAUGGCCAAGAAAGCUGAUCUAAAUGUUGAGAGGGAUGAAAACAGUCAGGAGCAGAAAAGGAAUUGCCAAGAAGAAGAGGAAGGUGUUGAUGAAAUAAUGAGGAGAGAGAAUGAUGUAACUGAAGAAGAACCCAUCAAAAGUGAGUUCACUGAACAAGGCUUACUGUACAAGGAAGCUGAUCUAGAUAUUGAGAGGGAUGAAGACAACCAGGAACAGAGAGGGGAAGAGGAAGGUGCUGAUGAAAUAGUGAGGAGAGACUAUGAAGAAACUGAAGAAGAAUUAAUAAAAUGCCAGUUCACUGAGCAAGAACUACUGGUCAAGGAAGCCGAUUUAGAUGUUGAGAGGGAUGAAGACAACCAGGAACAGAGAGGGGAAGAGGAAGAGGAAGGUUCUGAUGAACUAAUGUGGAGAGAGAAUGAUGUAACUGAAGAAGAACCCAUCAAAAGUGAGUUCACUGAACAAGGCUUACUGUCCAAGGAAGCUGAUCUAGAUGUUGAGAGGGAUGAAAACUAUCAGGAACAGGGAAGGAAACAGGAAGAGGAAGAGGAUGAUGUUGGUGAAAUGAAGAGUGAGAAUGAUGAAACUGAAGAAGAACCAAGUAAAGAUGAGUUAAUUGACCAGUUCUUACUGUCAAAGGAAGCUGGUCUAAAUGUGGUGCGGAAUGAAAACAGUCCAGAUCAGAGCUGGAACAAGGAAAGUGUUGAUGACUUGAUGAUCUUGAGGAGAGAGAUUGAUAAAACUGAAGAACCAACAAAAGGCAAGUUUAUUGACCAAGGAUUCGAUCCCGAGGAACAGGCAGGUGUGUUUGAUCUGGGAGCUAAAGCAGAGGUCCUUGUGCCCGCAAUAGAAAAGGAAUAUGUUUAUAAUCAGGAAAAAAAUGAGCUAAAUGUGGAAGAACAAAGCUGUCAUGUAUCAAACAAUCAUGACAACAAAGCAAGGAAAUCACAAAUGGUGGAUGAGGGUUUGUUUAUUCAGUCAGCCUCAACAUGGGAAGGGAGAGACCCUUUAAACCACAGCCUCAAGCUGGAGGUAGAAAUGCAUGUACAUGAACAGGAAGUGAUUGAAGUCCGCAGUGAGGAAACAAGGCAAGAGGCAGAGGGAAAUGAGAAAGAUGGACACCAUGAAGGCUUCUCUACAUGUGAGAAAUUCACAAACACUGGCAAAGAACAGAAAGUCUUUGACACGGAAAUGAAAAAAACUUCGAAACAACCUGAAGAUAUUGAUACAGAUGUGGAGAUGAUGCAGAUUGAAACUGCAGAAACGUACCAGAAAGUGUUUGAACCCAUCAACAAGUUUGACGAUGAGGACAAUAUUUUGGCUGUAACAAUAAAAAAGCAGCAGUUAGAACAAAGUAAAGAGCAAAAGGCCACAUCUGAGGAGGAAUUGAAUGUAUCUGAUACAAUUCAUGAUCAUGACGGAUCACAAAGACCAGUGACAAUGACUAAACAAGACUUUGAGGCUGUCAUUACACAGCCAGAAACAGGGACAGGAAACCAAACAGAAACUGCUGAAACCACAUCAAAUGUCAGAGCAGAAGUUGCUGCAGUGGAUGUGAAGAAAUCAGCUGAGAGAGAGACUAUAUCUCAUGAGCAGCCUGUAGAUAAAGAUGAAGUAGCUGUACAGGAAAUAACAGGCCAAUGCUUCUUUGAACAAGGGUCUUUGCUAAAAGACCUUGUAUCAGCAGAUACAAGAAUAAAUGAAGCACCAUUUAGUGGGAUAAUAAAGUCAAUUCCUCUUGGACAAGUGGAGGAAACUGUAAUUGAGUCGCUUGAUGAAAUGAAAAGUUCUUCAUUACAGGAACUGGAUGAGUGCUCCAGUGAAGAUGAACUAAAACUAAAAGCAACGUCCAGCUUCCCUGAUCGUACAGCUGAAAUGUUUGAAACACGAAUGAGCAAGCAAGCUCAACCCGAUCAUGAAAUUUCUCUUGUAGAGAACACUUGUGAUAACUCGAUUGCCAAUGAGACCCCAGUAGAAGAUCAGAUCAAUCAGGAUAAGUUCACAGAGCAAGGUUUAGCUGCUGAAGCCUCAUCACAUGGACUCUCAAAGGCUUUGUACUUACCAGAGAUCGAAUCAGAACAGGAAACUCUGGAGAUGCAGACAGAUUCGCAGAAAGAAACAGAGGAGCAAAAGAGGGCUGAGGAAGCAGAGACUGGAAUAUUAGAUGAAAUAAAGGGUGUGACUACCUGUUUGGGUGUUGAGGAAAUGGAGGCCCAUGAAAGAAAAGAACAUACAAGUGAUCUUGAAGGCUGUGAGGAAACGUCAGAGAGUAACAUAGUACUGAAUGAUGCACGGGAAUGGGAGAAGGAAUUGGCAGAAGAAAUGACAGGUGUUCAAACAGGUGGAGAAAUGAAAGAAACGGAAGAACCAAUCCACCAAGACGAAGGAACGGAUAAGCGGCAUCUAGAUAUUUCCGAAUCAGAAGCAUCCAAGGAAAUUAGCCAAGAACAGGACGAACAAGUCAGACACGGAGAAUCAGUAGUAGAUGGUAAGGAGGACGUCGAAAGAAGAGGCAAAUCUGGACUGAAGAGAGGGUUUGAAGAAAUUGCAGGAGUCAAUGACAAGGAUAAACCAUCUGUAUUAACAGAUCUUUUACCUCCAUCACAGGCUUCAUCAUUGGACUUCACAAUCCAGAAGUCAAAGAUCGCUGUGAAAAACCCUCUUGUUCGACCACCUAAAGACCCGCGUACUCUUAUAAACAUGGCUUCUGUAGAACCCUUGACUCGUCCUCCUCAUCCUUUACAGACUGGCUUUGUAAAAAAGAGUCAUUUAGAAGGUGCAUCACUACCAAGCAAAGGUGUGAUUGGAUUCAAACUCCCUGGUUCAGGUUUCCCUGCACUGAGGAAAACUGAAACUGGAGGAAAAAUAAUAGACGGGGAAGAUUCAGUGAGUGCAACAUCACAGAAAUCUGACUCAGGCUCACAGUCAGCAGAUGAUAACGUCAAGCAAGAGACAUCACCUCACAAACCAAAAUGGACACCACCAAGACAACCUGGGAUGGGCAACCCCCUGAUGAUGGCAGAGCUGAAGAGCAAACUCAAAAAACCUGCAAAAGAGUAAACAAUAUUUAACAGAUGAAUUAUGCUUAUUUUUUUCAUCUGUGCAAUGGAAUGUAAAUAAAUUCAUGUCUAAAAGAGAUUUAAUGCAUGUUUAUCAUUAAAAUAUACGUACAAAAUGUGA